GUGCACGAACGUUUAGCGCUCUACAGCUUACACGCUUCUGGCGCGGGCUCCCAGGGUUGAGUGGAUCAGGGACAUCGCGGGUAGGGGAAUCGUGUUAGUUUACAUCCGCCGCGGUGUUCCCCCGUCCCCUUGGCUCAGCACCUGAGGGUUCGCAUCCCUUCGGCGUAUUCGCGUGGGGUCAGUGCUCCCUCUGUCCCUGGCCUAGUCACGUGGGGUCAGGGUGCAGUGAUCCCUCUGUCCCUGGCCAGGCAAUGUGGGAUCAGUGCCCACUUUCCCCCUGGCCAGGCAAUGUGGCGUCAUUGCUUCCUCUCCCCUUAGCUGGGCAAUGUGGGAUCAGUGCCCCCUCUAGCCUGACACUGUGGGGUCGGUGCUCCCUCUCCCCCUAGCCGGGUAAUGUGGGAUCAGUGCCCCCUCUUCCCCUGGCUGGGCAACGUGGGAUCAGUGCACCAUCUUUCUCUAGCUGGGCACUGUGGGGUCAAUGAUCAUCUUAGGAGCGCAGUGCCCCCUUUUUCUCUGGCCAGGCAUUUGGCCAUCUGUAAGGAGCAAGUAGGCUUUCUGCACGUGUCCAUGAGACCUUUGACUACAGAAAGUGGAAAAAUUAAGCUCCUGGCUGUAUUGAUAUUUCUUCCUAGUGUCGCAGUUGCAUGGUUCAUCAGAUGGCUGAUAAUGCCAAAAGACUGUGUAAACGCAAGAGAGCAGGAGAAAAUGGUACAGAAGAAAUAAAAAAGAAAACAACGAAAAUCCAAAAUAGGACCACUGCGGAAAGCGACAUUAGACAAAGUAGCCAAAUUCACCCAAAGCAUGUACCUGUUUUCACCAUCAAUCCAGAAAGCAACCCCUGUGCUGUUACUUAUGAGCAGCUCUCUGAGCUGAUAAACUAUGCUGUAUUGGGGAAAGUGAGAAGUUCUCUUCCCAGCUGGUGCCAAGUUCACAAACAGGAAGAACUGAAAGGAGUAGCAGUGAUUGUUCUACAUGGAGUGAGCCAGAUGCACUUCUACAGCUACUAUCUCCAAUUUAAGCAGCUGAAGAAAACGUUUAGAUUUAGAUUUAGCAUGCCCCCUCCUCCUGAUGACUUUCUACUUCGUAUUUUUGGAACUGAGAAAUUGCUCCCACAAGAUAAAAGUCCCAUCGUCAAUGGUAAUGACGCAACAACACAAUAUAAUUAUUGCACAAAAGGUACAUCUGCGGUAAAUGGUCAUUGUUUUAUAACAGGGGAUAAUAGCUGUGGACCAUCAGACGUUGACAGUCACCCCAUUAUUGUUAAAUAUGGCAGAAAGAAACAAGGCUUGACCAGUUUUUUGUUGAGUCAAGAAGAGCUGAUGAAGAAUGAUUAUCCUGUUACAGGCAGUCCUCAUUCAGACGGAUUUGUCCAAAGUGGGUGUACAGCUAAAGUAACUGACAACAGUCCAUUGUUGGGCCUAGACUGUGAAAUGUGCCUGACCACAAAAGGGAGUGAGCUGACUCGUGUCUCUGUUGUCAGUGCAGAUGGCAGAUGUGUUAUGGAUGAGCUGGUGAAGCCAGACAACCCAAUCCUCAACUACCUCACCAGGUUCUCUGGAAUUACGAAGAAAAUGCUGAUGCCAGUGAAAACAAAGCUGAGGGAUGUUCAAGCUAAGUUAAAGAAGAUCUUACCCAGUGAUGCUGUGCUUGUGGGCCAUUCUUUAAACAAUGACUUGAAUGCAUUAAAAAUGAUUCAUCCAAAUGUCAUUGACACAUCACUGCUUUAUGCCAGGGACUUGGGUCAGAGAUUUAAGUUGAAAGUUUUGGCAAGAAGUGUUCUGGGAAAGGAAAUUCAGUCAAAAGAAAUGGUUGGUCAUGAUGCAUCUGAAGAUGCAAGAACAGCUCUGGAGUUGGCACAAUAUUUCAUCAACGAGGGACCCAUGAAGGUAGCAAAGUUGAAUCUGGAGAAUUUCCAAGCUAAACAGCCAGCAGGAGAUAAUUUCACAGCACAGUCUGACAGUAGAAGUCAGACAAACAGGCUGUUGGGUUACCUGAAAGCAAACUGCAGCAAGGUAGAUGGAUUUUUAGGCACACCAUCCUUCCAUUGUGGCAGUUUGGUUAACAAAUUGGGUACACAUGAUCAGAAAGCAGUUCUACUAGGCACAAGUAAAGCAGUGAAGGAGCUGAUACAUCAAGAAGCCUGGCAUAAAAUUGAAUGUAAAACAGACAAGGAAAUUGUUCAGCAAGCUCAGACUGAGAUCCCCGUUGCCUCAUUAAGUUUAAGUCACUUUACAUCUUAUUCUGAAUACAGUGAAUGUAAUCUAAAUAUGAAGAUUCAUGAGGGAUUACUACACGAAAAGAUGAGACAGAAGUUGUCAGAAAUGUGUACUGUGUAUGCUGGUCCAUUUUGUAAGGAUUUCUGUUUAACGUCUGUUGAAAAAACAUUCCAGAAUUGUGGUUCCAUCAGUUCCUUCAGUGUUAUCACAGAAACACACAAGCCCUAUGUGCAUAUUGAGUAUGCACUCCCUGAAAGUGCGCACCUUGCUGUGCUUACAUUGAAUGGAAGCAUUAUGGGUCGAUUUCCCAUUACGGUUCAAAGACCAAUUAAAGAAAGCACACUGGAUUGCGAUCGUGUCCUGAAGAAGCUAGAAAAUGAUAUCAUAAACAGAACAGUUAUUUAUGUGUCAGGAAUUCAACAGACUCUGACAAAGAAACACCUCAAUGACAAAUUCAGCAAAUUUGGACAUAUUGAGGCAAUUAUUUGCCCUGGUGAUGAUGUUGAUGCAAAGCCUCAGGAUUGCUUUAUAAAAUAUGGAAGUUUGGAGAGCGCUCUGAAGGCCCAGGCAGCUAUGAAUGGACAAAAAGUGAGGAAACAAAGACUGAAUGUGCUGAGAGCUCUCACUCCCUACCACCUCCAAUCCUGGGUGGCUCAAAGGUCUUACACUGCACUGAACCCCAGGACAUCUGACCCUCUGGCAUUAGAGAGAUGUUCUUUUGAGAAGAGAAAGGAGAAACUUUCUCAGUGUGAGCAAGAAUUGAAAAACCUGAUGAGUACAAUAGAUCGACGUGCAGGCAGACUCUUCAGGGCAUUACCCAACAACACACUCUGCAUGGUCCUGCUGCCAGGAACAAACAGUGCUCAAUGCUCAGCGCCUGGCCUGUGUCUCCUUGAAAUAAAACAGGAUCCUUAAAACCAGUUGUUGAAUGUGUACCGGAGGUGUUUGUCUUCCGAUGCUACAGACUCUGUGACUCUAUAACUGACUUACUGAAUCAAUUAAUGAGUGAAUAUAGUUCCUGGACCACAUUCCUUUUGAGUACAGCCGAACUCGAUCAACAAAAAUGACUUAGCGAAGAAAGCUGCUCAAAUUUUUAAUAAAUUUUUUUAAAAGAA